UAUGUUUGACAUAUAUACAUUUAAGUGCAAGUGCUUUAAUUUUUAACAUUAGUUGGAAAUCUUUGAUUAUAUCAAUCAAUAUGAAAUAUAGUGCAAUAAAGAUUAGGUUCGCUACAAUAUAAACUGGACGAAAAACAAAGUAGUUUUUAAUAUUUUUGUAAAAACAAUUGGACACAAAUAAUUUUGAGAAAUUAUUAGACUCAAGCGAACGGUCGUCGCGAUGAGUCCUAAGUGGGUCUUAGUGUUUUUGUUUUGCUUUGGCGCAACUGAUAUUAGUCUGGCUGCCAAGGCUUGGUGGCAAACAGCUUCAUUUUAUCAAAUAUAUCCGCGUUCUUUUAAAGACAGUGAUGGUGAUGGUAUUGGCGAUUUGAAAGGUGUGACGGAUAGUUUAGCUUAUCUAAAAGAAAUUGGGAUUGCAGCCACAUGGCUGUCACCGUUCUUAGAGUCGCCAAUGGCUGACUUUGGUUACGACAUAUCAAAUUUUACAAAAGUUGAUCCGCUCUUUGGCACCAUGGAAGAUUUUGAUGAAUUGAUGGCAAAAUCAAAAAAGUUGGGUGUGCGUAUUAUAUUGGAUUUCGUGCCAAACCAUUCCAGCAAUGAGUGUGAAUGGUUUAUUAAAUCAGCCGCAAAAGACCCCGAAUAUAAGGAUUUCUAUGUUUGGCAUCCAGGUAAAAUUGAAAACGGUGUACGCUCUCCACCCAACAAUUGGGUAAGUGUAUUCCGUGGGUCCGCAUGGGAAUGGCACGAAGGCAGGCAAGAAUAUUUCUUACAUCAAUUUCAUAAAAAGCAGCCGGAUUUCAAUUUUCGUAAUCCACAAGUACGCGAGACUAUGAAUGAAAUUUUACGAUUUUGGUUGCGUAAGGGAAUUGAUGGCUUCAGAGUCGAUGCCAUACACCAUGGUUUUGAGAUAGCCCCUGAUGCAGAUGGCAACUAUCCCGAUGAACCACGAAAUGAUUGGAAUAAUGAUCCUGAGGAUUAUGGUUAUGUAGAUCAUAUAUACACGGUUGAUCAACCAGAAACACCACAUUUAGUGUAUGAAUGGCGCAAAGUAUUGGACGAUUUUCAAAAGGAAAACGGUGGAGAUGAAAGAAUUUUAAUGGUAGAAGCUUGGUCACCAAUUGACACAAUGAUGCACUACUACGGUAAUGAUACUGCUGAAGGUGCACAGAUUCCUUUUAACUUUCAAAUGAUAAGUUACUUGUGGAGCGGUUCCGAUGCCUAUCAUUACGCCGAGCUAAUAAAUGCUUGGUUAGAUCGUAUGCCUGCAGGAAGAAGUGCUAAUUGGGUGAUAGGAAAUCAUGACAAAAAUCGUGUAGGUUCACGUUUUGGCAGCGAACGCAUAGAUUUAUUUAAUAUAUUGCUACUCACUUUGCCCGGUUGCAGUAUUACUUAUAAUGGGGAAGAGAUUGGAAUGACUGAUGUGUGGAUAUCAUGGAAUGAUACUGUUGAUCCGCAAGCUUGUAACGGGUUCGAAGAUGGUUAUGAGUACCGCUCACGUGAUCCUGCUCGUACGCCCUUCCAAUGGAGUGAUGCCAAGCACGCUGGUUUUUCAACUGGCGAAACUACUUGGUUACCUGUCGGUACAGAUUAUGAGUUGGUUAAUGUUAAACGACAACGUGGUAUAACAUUCAGUCAUUUGAAUGUUUUUAAGCAACUACAGGUUUUGCGAUCGGAAAAAGUGUUACAAGAUGGCAAUGCUGAAGUAAAGGCAGUAAACUCUAAUGUAUUAGGUGUCAAGCGCUACUUAUAUGGGGAACAAGUAUAUAUUGUUUUGCUCAAUGUGUUUGAACAUGUGCAAUAUAUAAAUUUGGAUGACAGUUUCAAGGGAAUUCCAAAUGAACUGGAAUACAUACUUGUCAAUGAUAAGUCACCAAGAAGAAAAGGUGACUUCACUUCAGUUAAAAGCAUUACAUUAAUGCCCCAUGAAGUAGUGGUGCUACGUUCGGUAGAGAAAAUUUAUACUUUUUCAUUUUUGUAAUAGUAUUUAACUAAUUAACUAACCUAAAU